GGCCCGCUGGAGACAGAGGGAAGGAGGGAGGGAGGGAGUGAGUCUGUCAGCAUGGCCGCCGAAGCCCCGGGCGGCCUGGCCACCCUGCCCCGGGGCUGGGAGAUGAAGCGGGACCCGCACAGCGGCUGGCCCUAUUACAUCGACCACAACACGGGCACCACCACCUGGGACGACCCGAGGCUUCGGAGCGGCCUCCACAAGCAGGAAAUGCCUUAUCCGGGAUAUGCCUCCAAUUACUGGUAUCCCACCGGACCCCAGACUCCAUAUCCGAGUAACUAUUCUCAAAUGAUGGACCAUCAAAUGCCUCCACAAGGGAUAGUCAAUGGUGUUUUCUCUUCUGGAGGAGCUUCAUCACCAGGUCGCAUUCCAGGGAGCACUUGGUAUCCACGCGGACCGAGUGAAAGCAUAUCGCCUGAGAGCAUUCCGAGCGACAGCAUCCAGCAGCAAGCCUACCCCCGGCAUCAGCAGCAGCACCCCCCCCAGCAUCAGCAAGCCUACCCCCAGCACCCCCAGAAUCAGCGGGCCUACCCCCAUCACCCCCAGCAUCAGCAGGCCCCUCACCCCACUCAGCAAGCCAGCUUGCCCAGGCCUCCGAGCAAUGGGCAUGCUUCCUCGCCACAGUGGGCCCAUUCUCAGACUGGGCCACCCUCCCAGGCAAUGGCGUCAAGGGCACAGACACCAGCUCACACAGCCUAUCCAGCUCAAGGACAGCGGGAGGUGUAUGAUCAACAGCCCCAGUACCCUGUGACAGCCUCACAGUACCACUUCAGAAACCCUGAUUCAGCCCCACAACAGCCCAUGUACCCUCCCCAGCAUCAGCCUGCACCUGGCCCACAAACUCAGCCCUGGUCACCCUCGACACCAGCAUCCUCUCUGCCAUCGGCAGGACUGCAAUCCCAUGACCUCUGGGCCCAGACACGAGCAGCAAGGCUACCAUCAUCUGCGGAGCAGUUCCCUCAUGCGAUGCCAGCUUUCGGGAGCAGUGUUGUAUCGGGACCAACUCCUGGGUGGCAGAGGCUUAGUCCGUCAACCUCGAUGUAUGAACAGAAGGACCUCCCAUAUCCCUUGAACCACCAGGACCUUCGAUCUCGCCUCAGCAACACUACCUACCUAGGGAGCGACCAGCAGUCCACAGGCUACAUCCCGGCCCAGACCGCAGACCAGCUGUCAACCACGUCCCAUGGGCAAAGGAUUGAGUACAGUGCUCCCCCCACUGUGUACAAGAGCCGUUCAGAGAACAAGAGUGCCAGAGAGAAACCUGCGCUCCCUGCAAACAAUGGGAUGGAGCAGACUGAAAUAGCUGCCCAUCCUGGUCACGUUAAAGUGGAGCAAGUCUUGAGCAACGUGCAGCAGCUGGAGGUGGAGGUGAAUUGCUUUGACGGGAAGAGGGGAGACAAGACUUACCGGCUUCUGGAGGAACUUCUAACCAAGCAGCUCCUGGAAGUGGACUCGGUGGAAACCAAUGGUCAGGAACACAUCCGGCUGGCUCGCAAAGAAGCUGUGCACAAGAUUCAGGGGGUGCUAGAGAGACUGGAGAGUGUGGCAGGAUAGAAAUCCAGGGCACACAGAGGCUAGUUGGCCAGUCACUGUCGGUAAUAGGAAUUUUGAAUAAAAUUAUAGCACUGGUCGUUCACCAGAUAACCUGGAUUGACUCACCAGGACAAUGAGUUCACUGCUGCAAGUAAAACCCUGACACCACUGUGUAGAAAUCAGACUUAGUACAGGUUAGGCAACUGAUUUGACUGGCAAAUACACUAGAAAUAAACCCAGUGUGCGUGGGCAAUAAUCUGUACGUGAAGAUGGAACCAUCCAAAUGAAGGGUCACUUUAAGGGUGAGCAUUGUAACAAAACGUGACCAAUUUCAUGAAUUUCUCUUUAAGGCAAAUCUGUACAUCUUUGUAUCAACAUCAGACUGAUUAAAGCCUUUGUUGCAUCCAUUAAGUAAAAUGAUAAUUUCACUGUGCGGUGGUGAAAGCAAGAGAGGCCAUGUUCAAGGUGAUUUAGCCCCAUUCUAAAGACAAACCAGCAAAUUGUUCUUUCUUCAGGCUGUGUUGGGUGAUGCUGUUGGGGAGCUAAUGGCUUUUUUUUAAGUGCGCUAUAUCAGUAACGUCGCUUUGCACAAAGGCAGCUGCAUUGACCCCACUGAACACAAAGCCAUAUUCAUUUUGCAGGUAACCAGCACUGUGCAGCAGAGUCUGGUUCCAGCGGAUGAGUUCUGAUCAUUUCCGCUUCCCUCCCCUGACUCCUGGUCGAAGCUGAAUACUGUUUGGAAAAUUAAGUUGCAAGGAUUUGUCAGUAAAGUAAGCAAGAGUGCAAAACCCUGCAAGCGCAGAGAUCUCCGAGAAAGACAGCGACUGCUGGAAACACGGCAGCUCAGCUCACAGCUGUCGACAGCAGCCACGUGAAGAGCAGCAGUGCUUUAGUGGACUCCGUCCUGUUGGAUAGCUGAAGGCCGAUCCAUUAACCUGUCUAUUCUCACCCCACAUACUGGCUGGCCUGUGUGGCAACAGUGCUUUCAGUUUUUGCUUUGACACUGUCCUGAUCGUUCAUUAAUUGGAAGUUAGAUUAAAUAAAUAAUAAGCCGUAUGAAUGGCGGUGCAAGUGAUCUGGGUUAGGUAGGUUGUCCCACGGCCAGGGGGAAUAAUGCGAGAUGCUUACUCAUCGUCCGUGGAGAUGGUUAGUGUUCAGUGUUGGCUGGCAUCCCUUCCUUGUACUGCUUGUUGAUUGAAUACAGUACAGCGAAUAUCAGAUUGUCACAGGUAUAGAUCAGACCGCCCCCUGCAGCAGUGUUGCUCACUGCUUACCAAUGGCUGCUUUCAUAUUAAUUGUAAGCAUGUGCUUCAGACUCAAAGUGAAUUAAUGAAUUAUUUUUCUUUUUACAAGACUUGGAGCAUUAAUUACUAGUGCUUCCCUGUGUCACGUUUUUCCUUGCCCUGAACCACCACCUCCAAGUUGAUCUGUGGAUUUGUAGGCGCUGUGUGGGGAAUCCACACAUUGGACAAGUCGGGCUGAGCACUUUCGCUCUUGAAGAUCACAGGGUUAGUGCUGUCUGCAUAAGAGGCAUGUCACCUUACAGCCUGAUCGGGAAGAUGAGCCUAGGGCCUGUGUGUGUGUUUUUUGGCAGGAGUGGGAAGAAGUGGCCAUGUAUCUUGUGCUCAAUUUUUUUCCCUCCCUUUGACUUCUCUAACAAGGUGAAUGGGGCCGGCAUUAUAAAGGCCAUCCUGUCAGUGGGGCACAAAAUGGCAAGUUAAAAUAAAUCCUAAAGUGUGGUAACCUGCCAUCAGAAUAGAGCAAGCCAUUUACUGCGCCCUUGUAGAAGACUCAGUUCCUGUUUUAUUCAUUUUGUUCCACUUACAUUUUUUUUUCAAAUUAAAAGCCUGCCCUCUGUCUGCGCUCUCCAUCGACAAGAUGUAGCUGCACCACCAAUCGCUCCACAGGUUAGGAUUCAUGCUGUCUGCCCCACACAGCGACAGAGUAUCAUAGCUGGGCUGAGUAAUCUAUCUUGUAACAUUCUCAUUACGCUUGGGAGGGACCUUACGGAGCUGGUUGUCAGUGUACCAUCCCCAGAAGCUCUCAGCUCUCACCCUUUCCUUUGAUAGCUGACUAAUCGGCCAGUGCUUGCUGCAUCGCCCUGUUAGUGGGGAGAGGACGGAGAGUAAGCAAGGCCAGUGUACCUUUUCAGAGCCAAGUGUGUAAUUUUCCAUUGCCAAGACUUCAUUACAGAUUCUGAGCAGCUGGGCCAAGAAAGUGCUGUGCCGCUUGAACAAGAGGAGUUGAAAGCACAGAGAACUCCCGCUUCAGCGCUGCCGCCUGGCAAUGGAACAUGUUGGGAGUAUGCAGAAUGGACAUAAACUGAACUCCGUCGGAAAGCCUUUAAGAAGUAGCGGGUAAAACCAUAGACGACCAUUAAAUAUUCUGAGACAUGGCUCCUCCUUCCCCUGCAUAUCUCCCACCCAGCCCCAAACACUGGAAAACAAAUAGCAGUAAUUAACAAAAAAGGAUGUAUUUGCAUGCAUGGUUUCUGGAUAUGUUGAUAGGCUCUGAUCCCCACUGCCAUAACAUAGGGGUACUCAGUGCAGGUCAUCUGUCCAGAAUACAUUUAGCUAUAGCACCCAUCUCCUCCAGAAAUUCUCUGAGUGCUUUGGAUUCUUUCAAGCCUGCUCCUUUCUCUCCAAUAUAAGCCUGUGUAGCAAACCAUCCUUCUGAUGACUAUAAUGGAUAAUGUGUGUGAACUUGCAGGAGCCACCAUCCUACGCUUGUGAAAAUGACUGUCUUCGGUUGCUUAAGGAAUGGGUGAUUGUUAUGACUGGUUGUGGGGUGGUGUGAAAUGUCUGUUGUCCUUUGGGUACACCAGGCUGUAUGCGGUUUUAUAUAUAAAUAGCUAUAUUCUAUAUGCAUGAUGGAACAUUUUAUAUUUUGUUAACACUUUGAAGAGCAAAGUUUAAUUGGAACAGAGCAUGGAGUAAAACCAUAUGAAUCUAUAUGCACGCACACCCCUAAUUCUGGAGCAGUGGUACAGAUCUUGAUUCAUUCCAGCGUUCUUAAGUUUUAGCAUCUGCUUCAGGAGUGCAGUCAAAAUCCACAGGAGACUUUUCAUCACUUAGUUUUCCUUCUCAAUUUUAUUGUGUAACUAUCUCAGGUAUAUUGCUGUUCUUUGGUCAGUUAAAAAGAAAUUUAAAAUGGUAGUGGGUCUCACUUGUUUCGAAAGAGGUGAUAAUGUUUCUAAAAAUUAAUUUUUUGACAAGAAUUAUAUCUUUGAUAUCAAAGCAACAGUGCUUCUUUGUGGAGUUGGCUGGGCUGUUUGUUAAUUGUGUGCUGCUGUUCAUUAUCCUAUUGUUGUAAUGUACUCUGAUGUAUAAGUAUUGAAGUAUGGUUGUCUUCCUCUCCUUAACUCACACUGAUUUGUGCAAUAAACGUCUGCUUGUGUUUCA